CUCUAACGUUGCGCGUCCAAAACAUCUCAGCGUUGCUCCACAACUUUCGCAUGCCGCAUUCCGUCUAAUUUCGUAUCGUCGUUUGAAUAGGAAGGAAACUGUGUCGUCUUGAAACAUCCCCAAGUUCCCCCCUAGAGUCGAGCGUCUCUGCGCAGCCUAAUCAACUAGGAGCUUUCAUUUUCGAGACAUGCACAAUCAACCGCCUCAAGUGGAGUCCUUCCGAGACCUGUGUUAUCUCGGUGAAGUGUCCUCCACAGCAGACGAUGGCUCUCACAAAUUUUCGCGGUUCGCCGUCAUAACCCACGAUUACCACGUCUGGAUUGGCCAGGCUCCGAUCAGAAAUAAGGACUUGAGCCCAAAGAACAUCACGGACAGCCUGAAGCUUAUUCUGGACGAAGACGUAUAUCCCGAGCCUCCAUCGCAUAUCACGAGUGCUUCGGUUUCGAUUGACGGCAACGUCUUCGUCAAGGGCCCCAAGGUAGGGGGCUACAACGCGUUCGCGGGUACAGGCGCAUUGCGGAAACUGCUUCUCCAGGAAGCUGAGACGUUGGAGAUCCUGCGACGUAAUCAACCCCCUACUAUCAUCCGAUAUCACGGCAGCAUCAUCAGAAGGGGCCGUAUUGUCGGCCUCGUUCUGGACCGACAUCCUCGUACGCUUGAGCUUGAAGCCCGACUGAAAAAGCGGAAGAUUGACUCCGACAUGUGUUUCGACGGAAUUAAGGCAGCAGUCGAACACCUUCAUUCGCUCGGACUAGCCCACAACGACCUUAACUCAUACAAUAUCAUGAUGGAUGAAGAUGGCACACCUGUCCUCAUUGAUUACGGCUCUUAUCAGCCGUUCGGGAAGAGCCUCCUUACAGCAGGCACACCCGGAUGGGUCGAUGAAAACUUCACAACUUCGGCGCAGCGGAACGACGAGAUUGCUCUGGGAAAACUCCAAGUUUGGCUGAAGGAGCAAACGCGUUGAGAUUUCAUUGGUUUAUAUCUCAUCGUAAUAUCCAGUCUGGCCCUCCACCGGGGACAAUGUGGUUGUCACCACAGAUUAAGUACAUAUUGCUGAGCACAAAGCCGUGACAUGAGGUACGUCGACAGCUAUGAUGACCUAGUCGUUGGUGGCUGAUAAUUCUGCGAUUGAGGACACUCUGGACUCAAACAAUCCUUGCACACCUGCUCUAUCUCUGUUGUUCGGCGGCCUUCCGCGUCGACGGUGACUUUCAUCGUAGUUUCUAAACCGCACCUACACUAGGUUCAGCUGCUUUCGGCAAUAGAACUCUAAUCUAACUGACAUGUUGAGGUAGGCAGUUAGGUUGGCUACUUCCGUAUUCUAA